CGCCGGCGAGCGGUCAGUUCGCCGCGCCGCACGGACAGCUUCACCCUCUUCAGUCGCAACACCCUCAGAAGCAAAUGACGUCGCGCCAAACACCCGCUGCGAGCAUCGACACGGAGCACAACGAUAUGAUCUACGACAUCCAGCUUGACUACUACGGCAAGCGCUUGGUCACUUGUUCGUCCGACCGGACCUUCCGUGUGUACGACGUGUCGAAAGCCAUGGUGGCAGGUGGAGAUAGCGACGACCAUUCAGCAGUGAAGGACGGACUGGAGCCGCAGCAGGAGCAGCAGCUUCACGUAUUGCAACACGUGGUUCCUCUGGCCGACGACUCGGCGGCCCCGAUUCACCGCGUGGCCUGGGCGCACCCUAAGUUUGGGGCAGUGCUCGCUCUGGCAGCUCAGGAUGGUAAGGUGUACAUCUACCGAGAAGAAUUAGUCCAACAGGGUACUGGAGGAGUAAGCAAUGUGACGGAAUGGCGGCUCAAACACGUGCAUGAGUUCCACUCGCUGGCCGUGCUUAGUGUGGCCUGGGCGCCGUACGAAUACGGACUAUGUCUAGCGAGUGCAUCGGCUGACGGACAAGUCUCAUUCCUUACCCGUACGCGGGAAGGGUGGGUGGUGUCGUCGAGUUUUCGCAACUCGGAGGAGGGAAUGGGCUGUACUUCUGUGAGCUGGGCGCCUUACAACUCGUUGGGCUCGCAAGGAGCUCAAGGACCCGUCCAGCGUGUGGUCACUGGAUCAUGUAACCACGCAGUUACUAUUUGGCAGUUUGUUACUGCGCCACAGGAAGAUAGCAAUGCUGGCAACAGCUACUGGAAAGUUGUGAUCACUCCUUUUUACGGACACAACGACUGGGUUCGCGAUGUGGUAUGGGCGCCAAAUGUGGGUAUACCGGCGAACGCGAUUGCAUCUGGGUCGGAUGAUCACACAGUGCGUGUGUGGACCCAAGAUGAAGCUGAUGGCGAGUGGGCGUCCCACGUCCUGCACACGUUCCGCGCGCCGGUGUACCGUUUGAGCUGGUCACUUACGGGCUCUGUGCUUAGUGUCGCUGCUGGUGAUGACGAAGUAACCUUCUGGAAGCAGCAGAGCAAUCAUGAAUGGACGCAGAUGUCUUCAGUAAAUGAUCAAGGCGCAACUAUAAUCACGAGCAAUUAG